CAGCAGAACAUAGAUCAAACAAUUAAAAGGCAAAUAGCUAAAUCACACAUAGUUCCUACCAAGGAAUUUCAUCUCAAACAAAGGCUAAGCUCAAGUAAAAGAAAUAAAAUUGUUCAUGGAGUGAAAGAGCACAAAUUGCCAAUUUCAACACAUAAAGCUCAGAGCAAACGAUGUAAACGUUAAAUGUUUAAUAAGCAAAUAAAAAAUAGAUCCUAACAAAGACACAAGUGGGACAGCAAAAUUUCGUUACUUUUGUGUGUAGCUGAAGAGCGAUCAUGAAGGAUGUUGUGAUGAUUGUUGUGAAGGUGAAGAUGGAUCAGAAUCAGAGUGAGAUUGAUAGAGUUGAGCCUUCUCCAGAUAAGGCUUAAAACCGAUUUGUAAGAGUCAAGAGUGAGUGAAGAUACGACACCAAGUACCCACACAACUUUGAUGAAAGGAAAGGAAAUAGAUAAAUAGAUAAAUAGAUAAAUAGAAAAAGGGUGCCAACGACACGUCGUUUUUUAGUAUCUUCCAAAGUGGGAACACGUGGAUCAUCCAACGACAAAUGUACAAACCCAGAAAAGAAAACUUGGAAAAAUAAGAAGCUUGGGAAGUUGACAUAAUAUUGUUGCUUGGGUUGUGUGUGAAUAGGGGGUGCUGUUUGCUCAUGUUAAUGAAUAUGAAACAUGUCAUGAAUUCUCAGUUAUCCUUAUUGAGUUGUGCAAACACUUGUAUGCUACUGGCUUCUUCACCUGUUUUCAGAAGACAACAGUUAUUUAUAAGAUCUCUUGGAGUUGGCAUUGAUCAUCACGCUCAUUCUGGAAAUAUGCAAGACCUGAAGUCAGUCGAGGUUGAUGCUGAGAGCAUUAUUCGAGCAAUUACUCCUCCUCUUGAUGCUAAUAGACAUAAAGGCCAGGCAGGGAAAAUAGCUGUUAUUGGAGGGUGCCGUGAAUACACAGGUGCCCCAUAUUUUGCUGCCAUAUCAGCCUUAAAAAUUGGUGCAGAUUUGUCUCAUGUAUUUUGUACAAAAGAUGCUGCUCCUGUCAUCAAAAGCUACAGUCCUGAGUUGAUAGUGCACCCUGUUUUGGAAGAAUCAUAUAGUGUCAAGGAGGAGGACAUGAAAAUCAUAUCAAGCAAGAUUCUUGCUGAAGUUAAUAAGUGGAUGGAAAGAUUUGACUGUCUUGUCAUUGGUCCAGGACUUGGAAGAGAUCCAUUUCUUCUAGACUGUGUGAGCGAGAUCAUGAAACAUGCAAGGCAGUCAAAUAUCCCAUUUGUGAUAGAUGGGGAUGGACUUUUUCUUGUUACUAAUCAUCUUGACCUUGUCAGUGGCUAUGUCUUAGCUGUUCUAACCCCAAAUGUCAAUGAAUACAAGCGUCUUGUUCAGAAAGUAUUAAGUUCUGAAAUAAAGGACAUAGAUGCUGCUCAGCAAGUGCUAUCUCUUGCCAAACGAAUUGGUAAUGUUACUAUCCUAAAGAAAGGAAAAUCUGAUCUCAUAAGUGAUGGUGACACAGUGAAAUCAGUAAGCAUUUAUGGUUCUCCUAGACGCUGUGGUGGCCAAGGUGAUAUCCUUUCUGGAAGUGUUGCUGUCUUUUUGUCUUGGGCACGCCAACACUUCUCAGCUGCUGAUCAAAAUUCAAAUCUAAGUUGUAAAAAUCCAGCCGUGUUGGGAUGCGUUGCUGGGUCUGCUAUGAUGAGGAAGGCUGCUUCCCUUGCUUUCUCAAAUAAGAAAAGAUCAACAGUCACUGGUGACAUCAUUGAAUGCUUGGGGAAAAGUCUGGAAGAUAUUUGUCCCGCCAGUUCUUGCCGUUUGUGACCUCCACGCACGUAUAUAAAACAUGUUUAGCUACUUCCAUGUUUUGUCCAAUAUAAUAAUGGUAUUCCUUGUUUAAACCAUACAAAAAUGUUUGUUGUUCAAUAGAAGAGAAACAAAAAUGUUUCUGUUAUGUUUUAUAAGUUGAAG